AUGUCCCUCGGCCUUACUUAUCUCGACUCAGCGGUUACUCCACGCAGCCGAAAUCAUGAUACAACCGCUAGGAUCUCAACUCCAAGCCUCUACUUUGCGUCUUUUGGAUCCCACUACACUUCCAACCAAGAGAAAUUCACAAAAUUCUUAAUUGUUCCCCACAUCGCGAUUUUCGACUCGAUUCUAAUACCAACGAUUUCCCUGACCUGGUUCAACUUCAAAAUGCAUUUCGGAGAGCGGGCAGCUGAAGAAUCGAGGCUACGGACAUGGAAGCCCACAUGCGAUCACCCCCCUAAAGGGCUACGGGCUACUCUUGACAUUGUUUGGGCAUGUUUUCCCUAUUCCCCGUUUCUUCACCCGCGGUCUCCUCUCUCCCUAAAAGCUACUACUAACAAUCUCACAGUCCUCAUUAACGAUCAUCUGCGCCUGCGGCUACAAAGGCAGAUAUACCUAGCGUGGCGGAAAGUGCGGUUUCAUAGUAAUCUCGUUAAUAAUGCUAGAGAUCAUUCUCGGGAAGUCUAUGGUAGAUCAAGUAUGUCUAAGCCAUGGGUUACUAGACAGCGAUUGUUUAAUGAAAGCGCUAGCGGCAAUGCAACUAGCCUGCUUGAAAUCGCGGCUCUAGCAAGCCCGGCUUGUACGAUACUAAUGUAUCUACUGCAACUGGUGAAGCCAAAGGAUAUUGUCAUGCCUAUUUACACCCCCGCAGCGCGAUAUCCUACGGCCGAGGAAAUGCACGUUCUAGCCAGCCGCGGAUGUUUUCUGUAUGGACCGAGGAGGCGGGAUUCGGGCUUAACGAUUACUAUCUUGCUAUUGAUCUCGAUGGCAUUGAAUAGCGUUUUCCUGCCAUUCUCCCUUCAUAGUAAAGAGAUUAAGUCAGAUGGACUGAUGAUUAGAAUGAUUAGUCUUAUGCCCGGGUUUUGUAGACGUUUCGGAGUCUGGCGUUUUAGAGAGCUCGACAUUUGCGGCGACUUGGAGCGGGAAUUUUCCACAGGCGCAGUGAGAGAUAAAAGAGUGAUUGAGAAAGGCCGUUUGGGAAUGCUCGAUGGCUGGAAGGGAUACCUAGAUCUCAUUAAUCGAAGCCAACAUCAAGCCACUUCAUUGACUCUCGAAAUAUCCACAUCACGUAGGCCAUACGAUCUGCCCCAAAGAAAAUAA